AUGGCGACCAUCCGAUCCAUGGCUGCCGUCGGCGAGGUGCUGCAAGUCACGACUUUUCGGCGUUCGCUGCCUCUUUUCGUCACGAGAGAAGGCGACUCUGGCUGCCGAUGCACUCGUACGCCGUGCCACACGAACGGCAAGGUGACCGAAGCAGCCUCGCACCAGCAAAACCAACGGCUGCCGGUCUCAGCGACGGCCAGUUUCGACCGGGACGGAGGAACCGUGUCGGCCGCGCACAUGGAAAACCAAGGCCAUGGAUCCGAGAUGAACAUGGGUGCGGGCAUCAAAGACAAGGGCUGCGCUUGCACUGCACAGGGCAUUCUGCCGAGCGGCAAAGCGGAGGCCGAUGCGGCCCAGAGGCAGCGGCUGGACUUGAGACGAGCGGGACUGGGAAAGGGGCGGUGGAGGUUGUGCAAAGAUGCUCGCCGAGGCAUCCCGGCGAAGGGAGGGCAUAAAGAAAUGACGAGAGAGGCCGUCGACCUCGUCAAGGACAUGGGCAGCAGCAGGUGGCCGGGCCCCCGGCUGUCCCGUUGGGGCCAAGACGGCAUGCGAGUGCUUGGAAGCCUGUCAAUGAAGAACGAGAUACGUCGAGGCGAUGCGGAUGACGCGGAUGGAACCUUUUGA